GCUCCGUGCUCGUCUCCCCCCGGCGGCAUGGCCCCGCCCGCUGGGCGGCAGCGCGGCUCCGUGCCGCUCGAUGCGCUCGGUGCUCGCCGGCGGCGCUCGGUGUUCGGCUCCCCCCGGCGGCCGCUGUGGAACCAGAGUGACCGCGGGCUGGCCCGUUCCGUUCCGCUCCGCUCCCCUCUCCUUCCCUUCUCGCUGUCAACCGACGAGAUGUCCACUGCCAUGAACUUCGGCACCAAGAGCUUCAAGCCGCGGCCGCCGGACAAGGGCGCCUUCCCGCUGGAUCACUUCGGGGAGUGCAGCGCCUUCAAGGAGCGGUUCAUGCAGUGCCUCCGGAACAGCGACUACGAGAGCAGUGCCUGCCGGCAGCACGCCAAGGCCUACCUGGAGUGCCGCAUGGAGAGGCAACUUAUGGCUAACGAACCACUGGAGAAAUUGGGAUUUAAAGACCUGACAGAUGACACAUCAGAAGCAAAACCUGAGAAGUUGUGAUGAAGGCACAGAACUCUGCUCCUCAUGUAUGGAAAGCAUAACUCUUAAUGUAGUACAUAUUGUACAUCCCUGUUCAUAUUGCAAUAAGGGGGUUCCUGAAGGACUUUUUUUCAAAGUUCAGUUUUCUUGGAAGAAAAUAUAUUUAAAUGAGCAAAA